UGGCGGCCGAUUGCCCCAGUCGGUGUUCAGCCUGACAGCCGACCUCGACAACCGUUCCCAGUGGCAGACGAACCGACGCCGAUCGACAGAGCCGACGUUGGACCCGUGGAAUUCGCCGAUCACGACACGCAUGACGGCGGUGCCCACGAUCACCCCCAAGAAUCCGUGGAAAAGCCACAAGACUCUGCUCAUCCCGAACCGGAGCCGGAAUCUCAACCCGAGCCUGCGGCAGAACCCGAGGCCGAUCCGGAAAGUGAACCUCAGCCGACGGCUAGCAGUUCAGUGACGAAGCCCGUGGGGACAGGAUCAGAUCACAGCUACGCGCCAAAAGGAGACAAGGCUUUGCACGCCAUGGAUUGUGCGGAUAUUGUCAUUGGCACUGCUCGAGGAGCUGCUCAUAGGAUCGAGGACUACUACACCAGGGAUAGAUCUACUCCCCGUGAAGAUGCGUACUGGGGAUUCCGAAGUGACAUUACUGCUUCUUUCGGCGUUGAAGAGGAUGGUGUCACGACCAUUGCUUUCCGAAGGAAAUUGGACGCGAGUGAACCGACUGACCACUCGAUCGUGGACGAUGAAAUGACAGUCAUUUGGGCUCGUGGUCAAGAGCCCGGGAUGUACGUGCAUUCCCCUGCUUCCGGACUGGAGCAAGGUGCAGCCAGUGAUCCCGACUUUUAUCGACCGGACGAAAUCAAAUACCACGGGAAAAAGGACCAGCGAGGCGUUAUUUCUCUGAAUUUCUAUCAGGAGGACGCAAAAGAGAAAACCGCUGCAGACGAAGAAGACUCAGACAUUUGCGGGGGUCAAUUCAGUUACCCCAGGACGUGCUCUGGCUUGUCGGAUUGCGAGUACAUGGCCAAGUGGGAAUACGACGAAGACACGGACAAGGUCAAGUUCACCAUCACUUCCCGCCACACCAAGAAUCGCUGGACAGGAAUCGGAUUCAGCAAAGACACUAGAAUGGGGCAAAGCGAUGCUGUGUUGGGAUGGAUCGAUAGGUCAGGUCGUGCCUUCAUCGCCGACAUGUGGAUAAAGGGAUACACAGCUCCGGAACUCGACAGCAACCAGGACAUAAGUGACACGUCCGUCGUUCUCGAAGAUGGCGUCGUGACAGUCAAGUUCACCCGUCCACGUGUCUCCAAAGACUCACAGAUCUGCAUUCGUUCUUGUCGCUCUGGUGCCGAUGUUCCUGGCGACAGUUCAGAUGAAACUGGGUCCAAAGUUCGUGUGACAACAGCGAGGACGACAACGACGACCACGGCCAAGCCCCAAAUGAUGAUGGAUGUCGAGCUGAAGUUCAUCGACGUUGGGGAUGAUUUCAAAAUCCCGCGAAAAAAUUCGCCGGAAUUCAAUGAACUAUCUGAGCGUGUCAAACGCAGCGUGACUUCAGCUCUCACAUCGGUUCCUGGCUUUGAAGACGUCUCUGUUUCGGACUUUGAAGAGUCGGAAGAGAAGGAAUUGAUAGCGAAGCUCGUCGUGACACUGGACCACGACACAGUGAGUAAGGAA